AAAAAUCGAAACUACAAAAACAGAGUACAAGAUUGAUGGUUUGAAACAGGGAACAUCUUUCACAUUUCAAGUUGCAGCAAUAGACCCAAAAGGAACGCCAAGUCUUUGGAUAGUAUCCAAUUCAUUAAAGACAAAAUCAAGUUCUAUUAAAGUGGAAAAAUUCAAUGUCCAGCGAGGAACGGAGGAUCCAGCUACUACACUUUACUGUACUUGGGACUCUCCACCAGGAGUAGAAGAGUAUAAACUCCGGUAUCGGCAUGGAAAGAAUUCCUUUGUUGUGUGCUUUGGGAAAAGAUUGCAAAGAGUAUGUUAUCCGGAAUCUUUUGCCAAACACUGAGUACAGAGUUGCUAUCAAAGCUGAUAAAGAUGGAUAUGGUCCUUAUACAACCCCGGAAACGAUCAAAACAGAUGUUGGACAAGUUAGCAAAGCUUGGUUAGAACUGGACAAGUUGGAUUCAGUGGUUGUUAAGUACAAUGAUGCAUUGAAUGCCACAUCUCACCUCAUUGAGCUACGGGAUUCCACUGCAGAGGAUCAACCACGGGUUCACACAGAUGAUGGUCUAUUCACUGAUUUGAAGAAUAAUUGUAGUUACCAUGCAAUAGUGACACCAAUGUAUGGACAGAAGAAAGGGAAAGAAACACAAACAGAGGAGAUUCUAACAGCACCUAAAGCUCCUCUGAUAAUGAAAAACAACUUCAUACCGGACGAAGAAAACCCAAAUUCAGUUUUCCAUCUCUCCUGGAAGUCCCAACCAAAUUGUUAUGGAGAAGAACUGAAAAUUUCUUGCUUGGACUUCAAUGAUGAACCACAAAUACUACGACAUGAAAGAGAAAGCAAUGAAGAUGGAAAAUGCUUUCUUACAUAUCGAGGUGGUAGAUCUGGUUGCAAAUACGGAGUGCAAAUGAGAACACGGAAUCGUGGGGGUUUUAGUGAAUGGUCAAAGCCAUUUGAAUACACUACAGUUCCAACCAAAGUUUCAAAAAUUGGAUUGGAAAUUGUAGGAGACCAGAUUACUUGCUCAUGGGAUGGAUCUUUGAAUGCCGACAACUAUAAAGUAAUCUUGCACGAGUGCAAACUAAACGGUCAAUGGGAAAAACUAGAAGCAAAGGAAACCUCAAGACGUAGACAUUCUUUCGAGACAAAGGCUGGACAUGGAAUCUUAUUUACAUGUAAAGUGAUUCCAUGCAAUGCAACUGGUGAGGGAGAGACGGCUUGGUCUAACACUGAACUAUCUCCUCUUCUACCACCAACAGACCUGGCGUUUGAGUUUACUGAUGAUGGAAUCCAAUUCUGUUGGACAAAUUCAAAUGGAAUGUCAUCAGCAAAAGUUCAACUCACAGAUUUCGAGGAGUUUACAGAAACAAAUAUUACAAAGCAGAGUUCAUGGAGUUUUUUCAAACUUUAUGAUGGAACCUCCUAUAAAUUCAAAGUUUGGGCAAGAAAUGGCGGCCAUCUCAGCAACCAAUAUACAUCCAUAACGUUUGCAACAGCUCCGAAUGAUGUCAUUGUGAAGCGAAAUAAAGAGAAUCCAGAGACGAGCUUGGAUGUUGAAGUUGUUACAAGACAUGAUGGCCCAUAUACUUUGAUCAUCAAUGGCGAUGAAUAUAUAAGUAUCAGUGGCCGGCAUUACGUAAUUGAAGAUCGUCAACCUGCCACAAAAUAUGAGAUUGGUGCUCAAUCUGUGUUUGACAAAAACAAAAAGACAUCGAUUACAUUUGGGAAACCAGUAACAACACUUGCAGCUAAAGUAUCUGGAGUUACAUGCCUCCCAAUUGAAGACACGUCUGGCAUGACCUUGAAAUGGGAAAAUUGUGGAAAUCCGAGUAUCAACUACAAAAUAAGCUGGUCAAAGGAUUAUAUCCCUUUUCAUCCCAUUACUUGUAAAAAUUCCGAACACAAGUUUGUUGACUUGAAGCCGGGAACUUAUGAAUUCAAAGUUUCUGCUGGAGGCGCUGAUUCUGAUCCCUAUACAGUUAUUGUGCCAGAAGGUCCUAAAAUUUAUGUUGAGAUUCUCACAAGCAAAUUGAUGCACAUCACCUGUGAUCAAGUAGACCAUGCCGAUGAAUAUAUUUACAAGAUAUGUGCUAGCAACAUGGAAACGCCAAAGAUUUUCAAAAGAGAAGACCCUGAAUUAUGGAUUGAUGAACAUGAAUUUCAAUUUCAAGUUGGUACUCACUACCUACUUGCUGUCCAAGCUUGUUGUCAUGACGAUAACAAACAAAACCAUGUGAGCCUUCCUACAAAAAGACGGUUCUACACAGGAUUGGAAAAACCUUUGGAUUUAAAUGUCGAGCUUGACAAUGUCACACCAACGAGCAAAGCGGAAUGCACAUGGAACAAAUCACCUGGAAUGCUGAAAGCAAAGAUACAAGUUCUGGAUUCCCAGGAAAAUGUCAUCAAAGACUCGGAGACUCCAGACUUGAAAUUUAACCUCUCAAGUCUCAAGCCUAACCAAACGUAUGAAGUAAAAAUUUGGCCUGGUGAUGGAAAAAUGUUCUUUGUUGAAAAUUGUGCAAGUUUAAAAUUUGAGACGGCUCCCAACCAACCAGACAAGGUGACCUGCACUCAGAACAAACAGGACAGAACCCAUUCUAUCGAUGUUACAAUUUAUUCUGAAUAUUCUGGGCCUUUCAUCGUCCAUGUGUUGGACUCUCGCCGGAAUAUAGCCAAAGAACCGAUAGAAACCAAUGACAAAAGCAUGACUGUAACCAACUUACAGGCUGGUGGGUCAUAUUUUAUCUAUGUCCAAUGUAAAUUUGGGAAUUAUCUUACGGCUAAGACACAUGGUAUGUAUUGCAAAUAAACGGUUGCUUGUUUGUACUCCUGAGAAAUGAAUCUAGAUUCACAUUGGUACUCCUGAAGUAUGCGUACCAAGAUGGCGGACCUCGGAAUGUAGUAUGUGUACCAGGUUA